GGCAUCCGCCGCUGCCGAGGUAGGAGUCGCGCGGCCGCCGCAUUAGCAGCGGCCCGUGAAGGCGGCUUCGCUCCUCGGCUUCCCUCGGCCAGCCAUGGAGGACGCCGGGGGGUGAGCGCCUUGGCGGCGGCGCGCAGAGCAGGAAGGGAAAGGAAGGGAAAGGGAAAGGGAAGGGAGGGCGGCCUUGGCAGGAGGAUGCGCGAGUACAAGGUGGUGGUGCUGGGCUCGGGCGGGGUGGGCAAGUCCGCGCUCACGGUCCAGUUCGUGACCGGCACCUUCAUCGAGAAGUACGACCCCACCAUCGAGGACUUCUACCGCAAGGAGAUCGAGGUGGACGCCUCGCCCUCGGUGCUGGAGAUCCUGGACACGGCCGGCACCGAGCAGUUCGCCUCCAUGCGGGACCUCUACAUCAAGAACGGGCAGGGCUUCAUCCUCGUCUACAGCCUCGUCAACCAGCAGAGCUUCCAGGACAUCCGCCCCAUGCGCGACCAGAUCAUCCGCGUCAAGAGGUAUGAAAAGGUGCCUGUAAUCUUGGUUGGAAAUAAAGUGGACCUGGAAAGCGAGAGAGAAGUUUCAUCGAGUGAAGGAAGAGCCCUGGCUGAAGAAUGGGGUUGUCCUUUUAUGGAGACUUCUGCUAAAAGUAAAACAAUGGUGGAUGAGCUCUUUGCAGAGAUUGUCAGACAGAUGAACUAUGCCUCUCAGCCAGAUAAAGAUGACCCAUGCUGUUCUGCAUGUAAUAUACAAUAGCAUUCCAAAUGAUGGAAUUGGACCCAUUUCGCUGUGUUUUUGGUAAGGUUAUACAACUGGCUACUUCACUUCGUGACUUAAAGUUGGGUCUUGUGGGAUAAGUCCAGAGUGGAGUUUCAGCAUUAACUCUAAAUGGGACGUUGAAGUUGAUCAGUGUAGCAGAAGAAUUGGGAAUAAGCUUCUAAAGUUCACUUACCUGCAGCACAUCUCCUACGCCUGCAACUCUGUGGUACAGCCAACAGUUUUACAGGGUGAGCACAAACAAUGUGUGUUGGCUUUGUCAGACAACCGCUACAGCUCUAAGCUAAGAGUUGGUGAUGGUGGAAAGGAGAGCACCAGCAAAGACCCUUUGCACUCUGCGUAUUCUUUACUGAUAAGUAAAGGUUAACAAAAUGUGUGAGUAUGCAUUUGGAUUUUCAGGACUUGUCGCUUGUGGCCAAGUUCGCUCAGUCAAAUAUUCCCAUCUUCAACACAAAUGUUAGCAGGAUUAUUGGCCAAGUGAUGUGAUUCUGUUUCCCCCUUAUCCCAAAUUUGAUUUUUUUUCUAUGAUCCAAUCAUGCGCAAAGGAAAAUAUUCUAUCAUUACUUGAAAGUAAAGCGAGGAGCUCUGAAAAGAACCAACGGUUUGUGAAGUGAACAGGAGGACAUUGGAAUGUGUUAAAAUAUUCUGCUUUGCUGCUCAGAAAUAGUGGAUUACUUCGGAUGCUGUUCAGUCAAGAAAACAAACAAACCCUCUGUUUACAUAGCAGGCAAUGUGUUCAUCUCUUUACUGAACCAGGAAGAAGUGACUGUAAUGAGGGUAAAAAUGCUUAGCCUUACUAACAAGGAAAGUUUUAGCACAUUAACAAGUACCACCUUGUAAGGAAAAUGAAGCCAUGUUGUAUCCAGAUGUUCCUUCUUGCAGAAACCUCGUGGGGACUGUGAGCAUCCAGCAUUCUUCAGUUUAAGGAUACCAGUUUCUUUCUUGCCUUUAAGGGCUAUGUCUUUGAUGUGAUAUUCCCAACUAACCUAUGGAAUUCAGAUUUGCCAUUUUAUAGCUUUAAUGUUGGCAAUUUCGUUAAUUGAAAUAACUGUGUGAAGUUACUUUGGCUCAGAAGUUAAAUACACAAUAUUGUAAUUCUGUAUGUGAGCAAGAAAGGAGUUCUUGUCUUCAGUUGCCUAAUUUGCUAGUCAGGUGCUGCCGCCAUACAGUGAUCCUGUUGCCCUGGUUAUUGCUGUGACACGUAGUGAGUGAAAACAUUGUUUUGAAAUGGUGCUCAGCCUCUGAUCUUAAUUUUCAUAGCAGUGAAAUACAUUAUACUUUGCAUGACUUAACAGCACCUCCUGUAUCUAUUCUGAUGUCUUACAAUCAGGAAGUUUCCAAUCAGAAUGUCUAAGGUUGAAAUGCUGGAGUGAUCAUGUUGAGCUGGACUUUAAUUGUGGAUUAAAUUUGGCCUUUUAAAUGCAAUAUCAUCACUGAGCCUGUGGUCCAAAUGCCACCCCACCAUUUGGUUUCUCAGUCUUGUGAAGUAGCUGUGUAGUCUGUUGUGUAGAUGACUGGAGAUGAGUGUAUGUGUCUUGCGUGUUUGUGUGUGCGUGUGUGUAUGUGUUGGUGGGUGGGUGUGGAACUUUUUACAAAUGCUGUAAUGAACUUGAGUUCUGAGAUGUUUGCCUCUAUCAGCAGAAAAACAACCUGCAAUCUAAAGUGUGACUGAAGAAACUGAAUUCAAAAACAUGUGACAACACUUUGCCACUUUAUUUCUUACACCGCAGAGUACUUGUCAUUUAGUUUACUUUCUAGUGAUUUAAUAAUAAUUAUGGAUGAUCAUAGGCCACUAUUGCCUUAGUCCUUGCAUGAUUUCUUUUCAUAAUCAAGAAAGCAGAGAGUGUAAUGCUUAAACAUGAGGUCCUGCUCUAGAAAUGCAACUCUUCCCUCAAGCAGCUUGCACAGUCUUGAAAGUUGUGGCAUCUUUCGUACAUCUCAUAUUAAGAACUUGCAUGUGUUUGGGAAUGGGGAAACUAUCAUCAGUUCACAUUCCCUGAAAUAUCUGAGGAAUGUUAUACAGCUGUUAAUUUGUCUGUUGAGAAAAUAAUCAGCUUCACCGCUCAAGUAAGAAUGAAAUAGAACCUUAAUUUUGAUUGCAUAUUUUACCAAUUUGAUGAGUUUUCUGUUUUGCAUGUCAGAUUGUUAAUGUAGUCAUGAUAGUGACAUGAGUAAAAUGAAUGACAGGCACACAUGGGAGUUCUGGUAAAAAUGGGCAUUAUUUUCAUAUAGAAGUUCUCACAUAACAUGGUGGUUUCAGAGUACUCCCACAAUAACACUUUAUUGCUGUUUUAGAGACGAAGCAUUGUGUGUUCUCAAAAAAAAAAGGGUAACCAUUGUAUUUUCAGGAGCCAGGUUGUGUGCUUCUUGGAUCCUGCUUACAUGGCUAUAGUGGGACACUUAGGAAUAUAUUUAAUUAAAAUAUUUUUAAUCAGCAGGAGGGGUAUUAAAGGCUAUAGAUAAUCACAUUUACAUGAGUGCUUUUCCUCAUGUUAUGUGUUCAGGCCAGUGGAGUAAAUCACCGAUAAAACGGGUGUCUACUGUCACCAGUCGUCUAGUGCCAAUCCAAGCAGUGCCAGCGCUUUAUCGAUUCCUCCUUCUUUUCUUGUGGUGCUGAUUGGCCUCUUGCCCUUCGAACCAUUGAUCUGGCACAUCUGUCUUUUUAUAUUAUUUCUCAUUGGUUGACACAGAUUUAAAGAAACCAGGCACCACGGUGGUCAGCCUUUUCGUCCCCAACUGAGCCACUUGACAGCCCUGGUUGGAUGCCACUGGAUGUAUGGCACUUUUCAGAUAUAAACCCUGUGAUAGUCCAUCAAAAUGCCAUUGCAACAUUCCUCCAUUUAUAGAUAUCACAGUGUGGCACAUUGGAAAAUCUUGGAAGUUGCUUGUCAAGGAUGACUGCUUAUUUUUGUAUCUUGAUCAGAUUCCAGUGAUAAUCCAUUCUUUUGGGUGUAACAUGCCUUAAAAUAUUAUCAUUUGAUCCAAAGACCCACUGUUCUUUAGCUAUACUUGUAGAGCUUUGUAUUUUUAUGCCGCUGGCAUGUUUAGUUGAUACUGUUAUAGAAAGGUACAACUUCUUUUAAAAAUAGGUUUUCCCGCUUUGAAAAUUAGAUCAAACCAGCAUCUGUUCCAAAAGUUGUUAAAAGAAAAGCUUCUCUCCACUCUUCCCACCCAGUCCACAGCUUUCAACUUAUUGAUUACAGCUUUUGAGGACUUUCUUGGGUUUGCCCUGGUAGGACCAACAUUUCCACUUUAAUUCCACUUCUGUUCUAAAGUAGCAUUAGUUUCUGUGGGCAAACUUACCAGUAUUUAUUUUUCAACAUGACACAUGCUGCCUAAAGAUGUUGUCCAUUUAGGGUGAGGGGAUUCAUGGUUUUUCACCAGUCUGCAGCUGAAUCACUGAUUGGACUGUAAUUGCAAAACUCCGUGACAAAGAAAAAUUGACAACUGCAGGGAUUUAAAGGUGCAUGAUUCCUCUGUCAGUUCUUGAUCAGGGUUUCAAGAAGGGAUUGCAGUGUGUUUUUGGAAACUAGGUGAAAUAAUUGAUGGUUUGGGAUUUCCUAGAGUGGAAUAAAGAUAUCUAACGGUUGAUGAUUGAGCUCUGUUACAACUGAUAGCUGGGGAAAUGGAGUACGUUUUAUAAGGUGUCAGUUGUUUCAAUCAAGAGGUUUCAAAAGUCAAAUUGUACAUAGAGAACUCAAUGCAAACUCAGCAGUUGUAUUUGGAGUUAAAUUAUUUUAACAAAUAAAUUUAUUUAAUGAAA